ACAGACUGAACCAGAUCCAGAAUUAUGCUGUUACAGCCAGUCUGGAGCUUCCUGCUAGGACACUCGUCCCUCCUGCGCUCCCCCUUCUUUCCGGUCUUCUUCUCCCUGACUGUGUACCUGAUGUUCUGCCUGCCAUUCCUGCUGCUGGACCUGCUCUCCUCCAGGUGGAGCUUGGUGCGCAGGUACAAGUUACAACCUCAGAGCUCCAUCAACUGUACCAUGGUCCAAAGCUGCCUGGCUCUGACCCUCUAUAACCACCUGAUCUUCAUCUUCCCACUCACUGUGCUCAACUGGUACCUGCGACCAGUGCUGCUGCCCCAGGAGGCUCCACCCCUACCUCAAAUGGCAGCUCAGGUCCUGGUCUGCCUGCUCCUUUUUGACUUUCAAAGCUUCAUAUGGCACCUGAUCCACCACAAGGUGCCCUGGUUAUAUCGCACCUUUCACAAGCUGCACCACACCUACACCUCCACCUCGGCACUGACUGCAGAGUACUCCGAGGCCUGGGAGACACUGAGUUUGGGCCUGUUUGCUGCUGCCAACUCUUUGUUGCUGGGCUGCCAUCCCCUCACAGAGAUGCUCUUCUUCAUUGUGAACAUUUGGCUGUCGGUGGAGGACCACUGUGGUUAUGAUUUGCCCUGGGCCACACACCGUCUGAUCCCUUUCGGCCUGUAUGGCGGUGCACGCCACCAUGACCUCCACCACCUCAAGUCGAAAUGCAACUAUGCACCUUACUUCACACAUUGGGACCGUUUGGCCGGGACGCUGUGCACAUAGGACUGAGCUAUGGGGACGAAGUGUUACUGAAUGCACCUCAGCUUAGACUGCCUCAAGAUGUCCAGAUGCAGACAUUCAUGGAGUGAUAAAGACUGUAGACUGAUGGGCCAGUACAGAAGUUCUCUUUUUUUUUUACCUGCAAUACUUAUAUUUAUUGAUGUAUUUAUUACCAGUCAAAGCUUUGAGCCGGACUUAAAGCUUCUAGUAGUGUGUGGAAAUUCUGUCAGUCUUCAUGUGGAGCUGCUUCAGGACCCACAACCAGACUGAAGUUGUGAUCUAGGUUCUGUUCCUUUAAAGACCUUUGUUUUAGUUUAAAGUUGAUCUUAAAACAGUCAGAAAAUGUAUAUGUUGAAUAGUUUGACCUGCACAGUUUGUAUAGUUUUAUACACACCUCUUAGGGGAAGUGAAAGGAGAUGACAAAACAUGAGAAAUUAAGCGGAGGAGGAUGAGGAAUGAUGAGGAAUAUUAUGUAAGAAAUAAUUGGAAGGAAAUAGUGUUUGAAGGAAAUUGUGAAAUCUACUGUGAAAAAUGCAAAAGAAAUAAUGCACUGAGAAAAGAAAUCAAAUAAAAGUUCCUGUUGUAAACUG